AUGGCUCCGGGACUCUUGAGCGCAAACGGCAGUGCCACUAGAAAACAUAAGGUGACCGUUAUCGGUUCUGGAAAUUGGGGUUCGACAAUCUCCAAGAUCGUUUCCGAGAACACAAAAGAAAACCCGGAAUUAUUCGAGGAGGAGGUUCAGAUGUGGGUGUACGAAGAGGAGGUAGAGUACGAGGGAAAGACCCAAAAGCUCACAUCCGUCAUCAACACGCACCACGAGAACGUCAAGUACCUCCCCGACGUCAAGCUGCCCGCGAACCUCGUCGCGAACCCUUCCCUCGAGGACGCCGUCAGCAACUCGACCAUCCUGAUCUUCAACUUGCCGCACCAGUUCAUCCACAGGAUCUGCGGCCAGCUCAAGGGGAAGAUCCUACCGUUCGCCCGGGGCAUAUCCUGCAUCAAGGGCGUCAACGUCACGGACGAGGGCAUAUCCCUGUUCUCCGAGUGGAUCGGCGAGGGCCUCGGCAUCUAUUGCGGCGCCUUGUCCGGCGCCAACAUCGCCUCCGAGAUCGCGGCCGAGAAGUGGUCCGAGACCACCAUCGCCUACGACCCCCCGCCCAUGGACAGCUCCCGCAACCCCUCCCGCAACGCGACCCCCCGCUCCGGCACCCCGAGCCGCAGCUCCCCCCGCGAGUCGGCCAGCGAGCUCAGCAUCACCCCGCUCGCCGACCACCAGCAUCGCGACGUCCGCGGCCGCAUCAGCAAGACCAAGCUGACCCCCGUCCCGCAGGAGUAUCCCCCCUUGGACCACGACACCUUCAAGACGCUCUUCCACCGCCCCUACUUCCACGUGCGCAUGGUGUCGGACGUGGCGGGCGUCUCGCUCGGCGGCGCGCUGAAGAACAUCGUCGCGCUCGCGGCCGGGUUCGUCGACGGGCGGGGCUGGGGCGACAACGCGAAGGCGGCCAUCAUGCGGGUGGGGCUGCUGGAGAUGGUCAAGUUCGGGCACGAGUUCUUCGGGGAGACGAUCUCGACGGGGACGUUCACGGAGGAGAGCGCGGGCGUGGCCGACCUGAUCACGAGCUGCAUGGGCGGCCGCAACUUCCGGUGCGCGCGCAAGGCCGUCGAGAAGGGCGUCCCCGUCCAGGAGGUCGAGCGGACCGAGCUCAACGGCCAGAAGCUGCAGGGCACCAGCACCGCCGCCGAGGUCAACUCCUUCCUCAGGCAGCGCGGCCUCGAGCAGGAUUACCCCUUGUUCACCGCCGUGCAUAAUAUCCUCGAGGGCAGGAAUACCGUCGACGAUAUCCCGGAUCUUGUUGCGAGGACUUAA